UUUUUUCAUGGAAAAAAUAUUUUCUUUUUGGUAUCUAAUCUUUUUUGCCCCCCUAUUUAAUAACGACGUUUUUCAAAGCUUCUUCAUUUUCGUCAAACACAAGUAUCCAACCACUCCUUCGAGUUCUCCAAAAUGGCUCAGAUGAAAGUGGUAAUGAAGGUGCUCACCAUGUCUGAUGAAAAGACAAAACAGAAAGCCAUAGAAGCUGCAGCUGAUAUUUUAGGGAUAGAUUCAAUAGCAGCAGAUCUAAAGGAACAAAAGCUAACAGUGAUAGGAGAAAUGGAUACAGUGGCAGUGGUUAAAAAGUUAAAAAAGGCAGUUGGUAAAGUUGAUAUAUUAUCAGUGGGCCCAGCUAAGGAAGAGAAGAAAGAAGAAAAGAAAGAAGAGAAAAAGGAGGAAAAGAAAGAAGAAAAGAAGGAAGAAAAGAAAGAGGAAAAGAAAGAAGAGAAAAAAGAAGAGCAAAAGUGACAUAUAUCAUCCUCAAAAAGAGAAGAGAUUCUCCAUUUGGUAUACAUUACUGUCCCAACAAACAACCAUAUAUUUUCUUGACAGUCAUCUAAAGCUCUUUUGAGUUGUCGAAAGUGUGACUAGGUGAUAGAGAAGCUUGGUUUUCUUCAAUUUGUGACUCGUACGCAAUCGCAACUAUGAAUUGCCUUCUUUGUCUUUUAAUUAGACAAAAUAAAUAAAAAUUGAGAAACUUUUGGCUUGA